AAUAAAUAAAAAGUAAUAAUGUUAUCAUAUAAUAUUUUCGUGUAAGUGUAAAUUGGUAAAAUAGAAAGUGUGGAAGGGAGUAUAUAUCUUGCGAUGCCCAUUCUUCUUCUUCCUCGUGUAAAAACUCCAUUCUCGUUGUUAAUGCAUAUACAGUAGCACCAUUCUCCCAUUCGUAUAUCCGUCAUACUCGGAAUAAGAUUAGGAAACCCUAGAGAAAUUCUUUUGUUUUUCUUGUAAUUGUGUUAGAUAUAAUGGAAGCGAAACCAAAGGUUAACGGCGGCGUAAAAGAUGGAAAACAGAACCGCCGUAUGCCGGCAAUCCAUGGUCCUACCAAUCCAAUGGUUACGCCACUCCUUACAGAUCUUUAUCAGUUCACCAUGGCUUAUGCUUAUUGGAAAGCCGGCAAGCAUAAAGACCGCGCCGUGUUUGACUUAUAUUUCAGAAGGAACCCAUUUGGUGGUGAAUAUACAGUUUUUGCAGGUCUAGAAGAAUGCAUAAGAUUCAUUGCAAACUUUAAGUUAUCAAAAGAAGACAUUGCCUUUAUUCGAGAAUGUUUAUCUCCUACAUGUGAGGAUGGCUUCUUUGAGUAUCUUGGAGGAAUCGAUUGUUCUGAUGUUGAAGUAUAUGCUAUUGCUGAGGGAUCUGUCGUAUUCCCUAAAGUACCCUUGAUGAGGAUUGAAGGCCCUGUGGCUGUUGUUCAACUUUUGGAAACUCCUUUUGUGAAUCUUAUAAAUUUUGCUUCUUUAGUCACUACAAAUGCUGCAAGACACCGUUUUGUUGCUGGAAAAAAUAAACUUCUUCUUGAAUUUGGGCUUCGUCGGGCCCAGGGCCCAGAUGGUGGUGUAGGGGCAUCAAGGUAUUGCUACAUGGGAGGAUUUGAUGCAACAAGCAAUUGUGCAGCUGGAAAGUUAUUUGGAAUACCACUCCGUGGGACCCAUUCUCAUGCUUUUGUCAGCUCCUUUACGGGACCUGAUGAGAUUACAGAAAAGUCUCUGAAAAGUCAAGAUGGGUCAAAAGUAUGCAAAGAUUUUGUGAGUCUCACACAGACAUGGUUAAGCAAAUUAAAGAGAUUAAGUUCAUCAGAGGGCGUUUUUGGCGAAACCAAUCAAAGUGAGCUGGCAGCUUUCAUUUCAUACGCCCUUGCAUUUCCCAAAAACUUUCUUGCUCUUGUGGACACAUAUGAUGUGAUGAGGAGUGGUGUCCCUAAUUUUUGUGCUGUAGCUCUAGCACUAAAUGAUAUGGGAUAUAGAGCAAAGGGAAUUAGAUUAGACUCUGGUGACCUUGCUUACCUUUCAUGUGAAACAAGAAAGUUUUUUCAAACCAUUGAAAAGGAAUUUCAGAUUCCUGAUUUUGGAAACACUGGAAUCACUGCUAGCAAUGAUCUUAAUGAGGAAACAUUAGAUGCUCUUAACAAACAGGGGCAUGAGGUGGAUUCAUUUGGGAUUGGAACAAAUUUGGUGACAUGUUUUGCUCAGCCUGCUUUAGGCUGUGUGUUUAAGCUUGUUGAGAUUAAUAACCAGCCCCGUAUAAAAUUAUCAGAAGAUGUCUCAAAGGUAUCGAUUCCAUGUAAAAAGAGGUCUUAUAGAUUGUAUGGAAAGGAAGGUUAUGCACUUGUAGAUAUCAUGUCAGGGGAAAAUGAACCACCUCCAAAGGCAGGGCAAAGGAUUUUAUGUAGACAUCCGUUUAAUGAGUCAAAGAGAGCUUAUGUGGUACCACAACUCGUUGAGGAUCUUAUCAAGUGUUAUUGGCCUGGAAGUGCAGAGAAAGAGAGAGAAGAAUUGCCAACGCUUGUGGAGAUUAGAGAUCAUUGUAUGAAGCAAUUGGAGCAAAUGAGGACAGAUCACAUGAGAAGAUUGAAUCCAACCCCCUACAAGGUUAGUGUAAGCACAAAGCUGUAUGAGUUCAUUCAUUUCUUAUGGCUGAAUGAAGCGCCUGUUGGGGAGUUACAGUAAGAGGAAGAGGAUGGAUGGAGAUGCACAUGCUACAACGCAAAUAGUAAAAUACAUACUCAUUCAAGAUGUCUUUACUCAAAAACAUAAUGAAGUUUUUUUUUUUUUUUUUUUUUUG